AUGGCCAAAGUUUUAGUAGCAUCAAAAAUCAUCAUAUGGGACGAAUGCACAAUGGCGCACAAACGCGCAUUGGAAGCACCAGACCGAACAUUAAAAGAUCUGCGCAAUGACUCGAGAUGUUUUGGUGGUGCAAUGAUUUUAUUAUCUGGCGAUUUCCGACAAACACUACCAGUCAUUCCAAGAUCUACUGCUGCCGACGAAAUAAACGCUUGCCUCAAAGCAUCAAAUCUGUGGCGAUAUGUAAAGAAAUUUCAACUGUCUGUCAAUAUGAGAGUUGCAUUGUUGAACGAUCUAUCUGCUGAUGAUUUCUCGAAGCAAUUGCUGACUAUCGGUAAUGGCCGUGUUCCUGUUGACAAAUCGAGCAGUUUGAUUUCAUUUCCUCCAAAUUUUUGCAAUUUCGUAUCAUCAAAAGACGAGCUUAUCAACAAAGUAUUCCCGGAUAUCAUUGCUAACCACAAAAAUACUAAAUGGUUAAGUGAGCGAGCAAUUUUGGCCGCUAAAAAUAAAGAUGUAGAUGACCUCAAUUUUAUAAUUCAAAAUCAAAUCGUAGGUACUUUGUAUUCAUUCAAAUCUAUCGACUGUGUAACAAACGAAGAAGAAGCCACUAAUUAUCUAACUGAAUUUUUAAACUCCUUGGAUGUGCCUGGUUUACCACCGCACAAUUUAAAACUUAAAGUUAGCUCGGUAAUCAUCAUGCUUAGAAAUUUAAACCAACCAAAACUGUGUAAUGGAACGCGUUUGGUGAUAAGAAAACUGUUGAGCAAUGUGAUUCACGCGUCGAUACUUAAAGGAAAAUUUAAAGAUGAGGAAGUUCUUAUUCCAAGGAUUCCGAUGAUCCCAACGGAUAUGCCCUUUGAGUUUAAACGAAUUCAAUUCCCGAUUCGUCUUGCCUUCGCCAUGACGAUCAACAUCACAGGGCCAAUCCUUGACUAUUUGUGGCCUCAAUCUAGAAAAUGCAUGUUUUCCUCACGGUCAAUUGAUUCUAUCGCGGCGUCAUAUUUUCUCGCGUCAUCUGCGUCUAGAGUACCAAAGAAAAAUUUAAGGAUUUCCCCUCCAAAUUCUAGAGAUCUUUUAACUUUAUUUGACGAUUGA